AUGGACUUGAGUAGCUGGGAACAUGAUAAAAUUUAUAUGACAGUGGUUAACGAGGAGGACAAAUUGUGGGUUGAAGAGCAUUACAAAGAAGUCGUCGAGGCCAUGCCUGCUCGAAUUUUUGCUGGUCAGGUCAUCAAGGAGGCGAUGGACAAAUAUAAAUCUGGCACCCACUCCAUCACAAUUAUGGAAACUGCUGAUGUCCCUCUUCGCAACAAGCAUUGGAAGCAGUUUGUGGAAGUAGGGUUCUCUGAAUCUGCUGCAGAUGUAGAUUUCGAUAUUGCCAAAGGCCAAAACCCUGUCCUCACUGUCACCAUCUUUGUGUUUGCACCAGGCUUGAUGUCAGAAGACGAGGUUGCGGAGGCGAGGCUCGAACCCGGUCGAGUGCGCUACAAUAAUUUCCUGGCCAUCGGGGCGAAGACAAUUGAAGAAGAUGGGAAAUGGGGCAAACCGGCUUACUAUUGUCUGCAAGAUGAUAGCUGGGAAAUUACACGGGAUGUGCAUGACCAUGAGCAAGAUAUUAUCAUAAAGGAAGGGUAUUUUAAGUGUGUUUUGAUGGACUUUGAAGCUCCUGCUCUGACGAUCCCUGCGAAAAAACUAUGGGAAAACUUGUUGAAGUGCAAAGAAGUCACAGGAUUGUUCAAAGGUGACAUGGAUCUUAUCAAAAAAAAUGGUACCACCGGGGAUCCCCAAGCAGAGGAUUCCAAGACACUUGCAAGUACAUCGUGGCAGUGGCGACUUACGGAGGCUGAUUUGGAUGCUCCUGUUGGGAAGAAGUUGAAGCGAGGGCACUGA